UAUGCACGUUAGGCUCCAGGACCGCCAUUGGAACUUCGUGGAGGGUUGGAAGUUUUCUGUGUUUUAAUAAUAAAAACCGACAUAUGUGUUUCCUCUCUAACAGUUGAUUGAACAUGUAUCGCCCCAAGCCGACUCUGAAGGACCGACAGCACCUGUAUAGGCUCAUCAUUAGCCAGCUACUCUAUGAUGGAUACACUAACAUCGCCAACAGUCUGAUCACUGAGGUCAAACCCCAGAGUGUGGUGUCGCCCUCUGAGCAGUUGAUGCAGCUAGCAAAGAUCGGGUUGGAGAAUGACGACACCGCCGUUCAGUAUGCCAUCGGACGCUCGGACACGGUGGCGCCUGGUGUUGGCAUUGAUUUGGAAUUUGAUGCCGAUGUCCAGACCAUGUCUCCAGAGGCAUCAGAGUACGAGACCUGUUAUGUUACUUCUCAUAAGGGUCCGUGCCGGGUCGCCACAUACAGUCGUGAUGGACAGCUCAUCGCCACCGGCUCCGCUGAUGCCUCCAUCAAGAUCCUGGAUACUGAGCGCAUGCUUGCAAAGAGUGCCAUGCCCAUUGAGGUGAUGAUGAAUGAGACAGCACAGCAAAACAUGGAGAAUCACCCUGUGAUCCGAACACUGUAUGACCACGUUGAUGAAGUCACCUGCCUCGCCUUCCAUCCCACUGAACAGAUUCUUGCAUCUGGCUCAAGAGAUUACACCCUUAAACUGUUUGACUACUCAAAACCGUCUGCAAAAAGAGCGUUCAAAUACAUACAGGAAGCAGAAAUGCUGCGUUCAAUUUCCUUCCACCCGUCAGGUGACUUCCUGCUGGUGGGAACACAGCACCCAACGCUCCGCCUCUACGAUGUCAACACGUUCCAAUGCUUUGUGUCCUGCAACCCGCUGGAUCAGCACACGGACACCAUCAGUGGCGUCAGCUACAACCCCACCGCCAACAGCUACGUCACCUGCAGCAAAGAUGGCAGCAUCAAACUGUGGGACGGCGUCUCCAACCGCUGUGUGACUACUUUUGAGAAGGCGCAUGACGGCGCUGAGGUCUGCUCAGCCAUCUUCUCCAAGAACUCCAAGUACAUCCUGUCCAGUGGGAAAGACUCUGUGGUCAAACUGUGGGAGAUUUCUACAGGCCGGACGCUGGUCAAGUACACAGGUGCAGGGCUGAGCGGCCGUCAGAUGCAUCGUACGCAGGGCGUUUUCAACCACACGGAGGACUACGUACUGCUGCCGGACGAGCGCACUAUCAGCCUCUGCUGCUGGGACUCGCGCACGGCGGAAAGGAAAAACCUGCUGUCUCUGGGCCACAACAACAUUGUCCGCUGCAUCGUCCACUCGCCCACCAACCCCGGCUUCAUGACCUGCAGUGAUGACUUCAGGGCCCGCUUCUGGUACCGCCGCACCACAACGGACUGAUUAUCCAAGUCUUCCCUGAACUGACUGUAUCUUUCUGGUUUCAUUUUUACUUCAGUGCAACAGGAAGCUGAAUUUUUUUAGUUCCUGUUCUAACAAAUUUUGGCAGUUGUUUCAAGAUCCUCAAAGUAAAGGGAUUUCCUGAGAUGUCCUCAUUGAACAGCAAGUCUCACCUAUAAAAAACUUGUUUCACUGCCUGGAAACCGAGUAUGUGACACAUUGAUCUCACAUUUCUGUUCAAAUUCUUCUUUAACCAUCUUUGAUAUGUUGUCUAUGUCCUUUUGUUGUAAUGCAAUUUUUAAUAAAGAGAUAAAAGGAA